AAGUACCCGUAUUAUAAUUUUUUUGUAUCAUACUUGUCUCAUAUUAAAUUUCUGCUAGAAAUCUCCCAAUCAUGGAUGAACAAAUGUGUCCACGUUGUAAAACCACGAAAUAUCGGAACCCAUCGCUGAAACUCAUGGUGAAUGUGUGUGGACACACACUAUGUGAUAACUGUGUUGAGCUGUUAUUUGUACGAGGAGCAGGGACAUGUCCUGAGUGUAAAACACCUCUGAGGAGAAACCAGUUUCGAGUACAACUCUUUGAAGAUUCAAUCAUUGAAAAGGAAGUGGACAUUAGGAGAAGAGUGAUGAAAGACUUCAAUAAACAGGAGAGUGACUUCCAGACACUGAGAGAAUACAAUGACUAUCUAGAAGACAUAGAGCAUAUCGUUUACAAUCUGACCAAUGGAGUAGAUGUUGAAGUCACCAGGAAGAAGAUUGAAAACUACAGAAGAGAGAAUAAAGAAGUGAUUACCAAGAACAGGCAGAUGAAGAGUCAUGAUAUGAUGUACUUGGAUGCACUGUUGGAGGAGGAACAACAAAUCAAAGAAGAAAGGAAACAGGAAUACGAAUUCCUGGAAAAGCAGAGUCUUAACCAAAAGAAGAGAAACAAAGAAGCCCUCUUAGAUGAGCUGAUCUAUUCUGAUCGGCCAGCUGACCAGGUGAUUGCAAGCCAUGUUUCCAUUCAACAGAACCAAGAGGCUCCUACGUAUAAAGCUCCUCCUAAGAAAGCGAUUGAAGUCUCAUCGGGAGCAAGACUGGGUGUUGGAUUCCAAGAUAACUUCUUACCCAUACCCAAGAUAGAAGAGAUACCUUAUGAAUAUAUGGAACUAGAGGUUUAUACGUUUGGACCGGAGGCACCAAGCUCACAAGAAGAGCUGACAUCCAAUGGGUAUGUGAGGCACAUCCGUUCUGCAUCACCUUCGGGUGUUGGGGGAGGCUACAAGGAGCACAUGGCAUGUCAGAGGGCCGUAGAGGAAGCUUUCUCUGGCCUUUUCUUCUUCCCGUUCAGACAUAAUAAACAUAUUGAUCCUCUGGGAAUCGAAACCAGCUGAUGAGGCACAUGCGUGUGAGGAAAUUUUAGAACUUAAGAGACUACUGCGAGCGGUUGUAAAUGCAAUUGGAAAGUGGAACCAGCUUGAAACAGAACCAGCCUAAAUCACAAAGGAAAGUGAGAUAUUGGUUUUGUAGUUUUCACUUGAGAUCUUCAGAGCAAAUAGAAACUGGAAUGGAUUAACUAUCUUGGUGAUGCAUUGGAGACCAUGUUGGAAUCAAGGACUACCGCCCACCCUGCAAAUGUGUAGCCUGCUUGAACUGCAAAAUAGCUUGACUAUAAUUCUUGUUAAGAAGAUUCUUGGUUAGAGUAUCGUGACUUAGUUUUCUCAAAAUGGCCUUUACUCCAAAAAUAGAGGCUUGCAAUUAUCCGAAAUUUUUAUGUUAGUAUUCUUACAGUUAAUUUGAACCUCACAAAGAUAUUCACUUUUUCAGAAAAGCAUGAGACGAUUUGUUCCAAAAUUGGACCAUGGGGCACUGGUAAGGUGUGCGGAGCCCUUGACCCUAAAAGGACUGGGCUAUUUGAGAUGUAGUGAGGACUGGAGGGGUGCCCUGAUGGCCCCCACUUCUGAUCUUGGCCGCUGUUCGCGCAGAAAUUUGGCACGCACAUUCUUUACCGAGUAAACUACAAGCCAGUAUAAAAAAUUCUUAGCAUAAUUAUUUUUUAUUUAUUUACGAAUAUAAUAUGCAAAUUUAUUUGUGA